AUGGACACCGCAAUUUCUCCUUACGAUGUACUUGGCGUUCCGUUUUCGGCCUCAGUCGCGGACAUUCGUGCGGCAUUCAAGCGUCUAGCACUCUGUACCCAUCCCGACAAACGGAUAUACAGCGAGCCAAAUGGAGAGGUGUUAGCGGUGACACAAACAAAUCAACCAUUCCACGUUGUAAAGGAGGCGUCGGAGCUGUUGCUUGAUCCACUGCGUCGUGCUCAAUAUGACCAUGGACGCGAGCAGGCGUAUGUGCGGUCCGUCGGUGCGGUAAGUGACCGGUAUGACUUGAGCGAAUUUGUCCUUGUGGAAGAGAAAUGUGUCUGCGAUAGCACUGGACAGGAUAAUGGCGUGAUAAGGAUGCGGGUUUACACGUUGGAAUGCCGAUGCGGCGGUGUGUUUGAGGUGUUUAUCACCGAACGUGAAGUUGAGGCGCGAGGAGUGCACAAAUUUUGUGAAUGUGACUGUUGUUCCUUGGUAAUUGCAGUAACAGGCGGUUGUGUGGCAUUUACAUGA